AUGCUGACUGGAUCAUCAGCAGCACAGAUCAUAUCAAAAGAAAAGGGAUACACCAUCAAAAGCGUUGCAUCGUCAAAUACAUUCUUGAUCAAAAAGGGCUCGGCGUACACAAAAGCAAAGCUGGUGCUGGAUCUUGUUGAAAACGAGCCCGAUCUGGAUAAAAUCUACAAACACAUUCCAUUCUGCUCAGCAUGGAACAUCUCAAACGGUAUCAAUAUACAGCAGGUGUUCCAUCUAGGUGAUAAUCAAGUCGUAGACGUUGCUAAACCAUUGAAGCUAUUACAUAUAAAUAGCAUGCAUUUCAAGAUAUGCUAUCAUGAUGUAAAGGAAAUUGUGUGCUACAUGAACAGCAUCAAAGACAAUCCAAAUUUUGAUCGAAUGAUGGACAUAUAUCCUCCAGACAUCAAAAAAUGGGCACUUGAAUCCUUCACAGGCGAUGUAAACGAAAUAGGAUUGUAUUGCAUAUUGCUUCUCGAUGAAGAAAACAAUCUACAGGCAUUUCUACCAAUGUGGACGCAGCUAAGCAUUGAAGAUACAAGUGUGCAUGCAUUAGCUGAAUACAUUAACUCGGUUUUUGUAGAAAGUAAGCAAAAAGAACGGCUUAUAAAAUACUUGAAUACCAUCUACGAUUAA